CUUUUCCCAGUUUCUUUACUAAAAUUAAUGCAAGAAAUUUCAAAAAAAAAAUAAAAAAUAAAAUUAAAUCAAUAUGCACUGGUCUACGUAAGAAUUAAUUAGAAAUUAAAGAGAGAAAAGAUGCCCUAAAACCUAAUAACACAAUUCUCCAAAGCAACAAGCCCUAAAAUCAUUUCUUUAAUUUGAUCCCGUUGGAUUAGCCAAUUGUAAAUAGUUGAUAAACAUAAAGUGAACCAAAACAAAAGACCCCCUAAUAACCUAGCAGCCACAGCACUCCAUUCUCAGGAUCUCACAAAAAGAAAGAAACUGAUUCACUCUAGACACCAUCUUUACACUGCCUGAAACCACCAUUGUUGGCUAGCUGUCUCUUGGACUCUUUCUUAUAUCAAAGUUCGGAAGAAAUUUUGAGAGACAAAAGGCUCACAGAGAUGAGCCGAUCAAGCGAAGCAGCCUCCAUGAAGCCUAGGUGUACUCAUGUCCUUGGAGAUGUUGAAAUCAAAGUGCUCAGUGUUGUCAAAGGUAAAAAGAAUAUUGGAAUCUGCGCGGCAGAUGUGAAAAAAGAGAUAAACCUCCCACCACCUAUUGUGAAAAAAGCCUUGGAAUUACUGGAAAAAAAGAAGAAGAUAAAACUUGUUGUGAAUAUCCAAAAUAAGAGAAAGAAGCAUUACAUGGGUGUUGAGUUUAAACCUUCGGAGGAAGCAUGGUGGGCUGAUAAAGAAUAUGUCGCUGCUCUCGUACAAAUAUGCUUGAAGGUUUUAGAUAAGCUGAAAGUUGCUACUGUGAAGGGAAUCUCCACAUUUAUAAAGGAACACAAACUUAUAGAGAAACACGAACUUGCUGAUUGCACAGAUCAAGUUGCGCAAACAUUGGAGUAUAUGGUCUUGGACGAUGUUAUUAAACAGGUAGAGAGCACUGGAUUGGCAGAAUAUCAUUCUACUCCUGUUGGAUCUGUUUGUUAUCUAAUUGCAAGAGGUCCCAAAACAAUAGGGAAUAUGGCUUCAAUUCCAAUUUAGUGCUUGCCCUAGGAUUAGUAAAUGUACACCAAAUGGAAUCAUGUCCCCCAAAACCUGUGCCUUCUACACUAGAUGGCUGAAACUUGAAUUUUGAUUGACUUCUGAUUAGUAAAAUUAAAAGUACGCUGUAUUCUGGACAUGUAGAUUGUUGUUUGAGUUUCUUGUUUGUCCUUUGGUUUAUAUGAUGCAUUACGA